GAAAAGGUCAACAAAUAGGCCAAGUCGGGACGGAAUCACGAACCAGUACUUUCAAUAAGAAUGGGCUAUUUCUACACUCUUUCUUGAUCUCUUCAAAACAUCUUUCUCACCCCUAGAAAAGCUUACUUUUAUUUUAUUUCACAAACCAUAUCUUGGUAAUGAUAGAUUUUUCAAACAAUAAAGAAAAGGAAAAGAGAAAAAAAGCUUCUGAAAAAGAUGCAAGCCAUUCUAGUACAGAGAGUCUUUCCUAUCAUCAUCAAAAUAGGCAGUAGCGGUACUGUUUUUAUUUGCAUCAAUGUUAUAAGUAAACUGUAAAGCCACCAUCAUCUCAGUGCUUCCCGUGACUCAAAAAAGUUAUAAAUCAUGGCUUUGUAUUUAUCACUCGGUCCCAUCUUUCAAACUCUCUCUCUCUUUCUCUCUCUCUCUCUCUCUCUCUCUCUCUAUCUUCUAAAUGUAAAAAACUCAAGUUUCUAUAUAACCAACCAACCCACCAAACCAAACCAUCUUCCCUAGAGAAAAAGUGGUUCAUUUUUUAAGGCAACCAAAAGUGAAAGACUAUCUAACAGUGGAGUUUGAUUUUUACCCUAGAAGAAAGUUAGGUGAAGCAAAAAGCUUUAAACUGAGCGUCAAUGGAAAGGUUUGAGAGGUACGGUAAGAAGAGAGUGAUGGUGGUGGUGGAUCAUACAUCUCAGUCCAAGCAUGCUAUGAUGUGGGCUCUAACCCAUGUUGCUAAUAAGGGUGACUUGUUCACUCUUCUUCAUAUUGUUUCUCACUCAAACAGGCUCUCUGAAAUGCCUUCUGAUUCUUCUUCCUCUUUUCUUGCUAACUCUCUUGGCUACCUCUGCAAAGCUUCUAGACCUGAGGUGGAAGUUGAAGCACUAGUGAUUCAAGGCCCAAAAGUAGAGACAGUUUUGAGCCAAGUGAAGAAGCUUGAGGCAUCUGUUUUAGUAGUUCCCCAGAAAAAGCCCUCUCUGUUUGGCUGCUUCUGUGGGACCAGCAGCUCAGAGCAGCUUGUGGAACAGUGCAUCAACCAUGCAGAUUGCUGUACAAUUGGGGUUAGAAAACAGACCAAUGGCAUGGGAGGUUACCUUAUCAACACCAGAUGGCAGAAGAACUUCUGGCUCCUUGCUUAGUUGUACAAACAAAAAAAAUUCACCAAUGCAAGAUCUGAUGUUUCAACCUAUCAUCAUCCUUCAUGUGUUAGCUCUAAUCUUAAUCUUAACCCUGUAACUAAAAGCUAGAUGCUCUUUACAUUGUAGAACUCUUCAUCAAAGUUGAAUGUCUCCCGUCAGCAUUUUAA